AUGGGGAGCCCUCCCGGUGGUCGUGGUGUGGGUGGGAGUCGAUUUUACUACCUCCCCGAUUACAUCCCACCACCACACAAUAUCUCUUUAGGAAUCACAGACGCCCAUAUUAUUUCCGAUGUGAAGCGGGAAAGGAAGCCUCCAGCGCGUUUUAUACCCGGCGAGCGAGAUAUCCCGCCAUUAGAUGAAUGGAAAUCAAGGAAAAAAGCCCGCAAGUCAACGACGCCGGACGAACACAAAAUAAAACAGAACAUCAGCGUUAUUAUCCCGCCUCCCAACCUCGGCAAUGAUUCCGAUGACUCGCCGUUGACCGAGGUAGAGGACCUGUUGGGCGAUAUAGAUGACCUGGCCUCUAACGCCACGGAUGAUGUUGAAGUAGCUCCUGCAACGUUUCCCGAGGAUCCCAAACUAUGUAAUGCGGACGGAAAUGGUAGACGCCAGCUUACGCAACAGGAUGGGCGUGCUGGAUGCCCAGGGGAAAUGAUCAAUCUCCACCACAAGGCACAACAGACGUCACCUUGCAGGAGCCAUGAGACGGUAUCGCAGCAAAAGGAAAUAGAAACUCUCCAGCGAGAAAACAACCGUCUCAGGGCGCAACUAGCCAAUAUCAGAGCAUCGCAGUGCACGUCAACCAACGAUCCCUUAAUCACUAUAUCUUCCGCAGAUGGAUUACUUAGCCGGAACAAUGAGAUACAAAGGCUUCGCCGCCGCCUUUCAAACGCCCUUGAGCUUAUUGAGCUUGCCCGUCCGCUCCCAUCAUACGACGACGCUUUUGCCACAUCAACGGGCUUUAUAUACCAGGAGAUGGAUACAUUGGGUAACUACGUGGUCUAUACAGCAAAUUCACUCUUUAAAAUCCAAAGGCAUGACAUAGUGGAUGAAACAAUAGACCAGAAUCUGACUCACCUCAUCGAGCAAACCAUUAUCAGCAAAGCGCUUCUAUCCACAGAGCCCAUAUCAGCCUUUCGCGCCCUUACUUUUGGCUUUAUUCAAGAACGUGUAUUUCACGCCCCGGAGAUAUGGAGGGAACUGCACUUCGACGGCAUAAUGUUCAGGCAGUUCCAAAGUAUUCUGGAAGAAAGCAUAUCACCUGAAACCCUAGAAAAAUACCACCGUGCAACGGUUAAUCUUACUCUAUCGAGGAAUCCAGAAUUCAAGGAAGCAUUUGUUUCGAAGUACGCUGAUCAGAUACAGUUUGAGUUCUUCAAAAUGAUGGCGCCUUUACUCAAGUCAGGAGACAUGGGCGCUCACUUUAAGCGUCAAACGCGGACGUUAUUCCGACAUGCCCUUACCCUACGUGCGUGCUGCUAUCCUCAUAUCGGAACGCGCUAUCAACUGGUGCACUUCAAACCAGGUCAUAUAUAUGACCCACAGACCAUGCGCGCGGAAGACGAGGCUGGAGCAACCGUACAUGUUCCAGAGGACGGACGGCAGCGCCGCAUUAAGUUGUGUGUUCAUGGGCUGAUGAAAGCCUAUUCGAUCCAAGAGAAUACGACUGGACUCGAUUUGAUCAAAGAACUCAGCCAGCCAUUUUUAGUAGAAGGUGGCAAACAUGGUCACAUUAUCAGUGACAGGGCAGCAGUUAUUCUAGACUUAUAA